UUGAAAAGGAAAUCCCCUUCUGUUCAUGGUGUUAAUCUCCUUCUCCCUUUCCUUCUCUAGUUUAACAAGUAAGGUUGUGGACGACGUCCGAUAUAAAAUCUGCGAGUCUUUGCUCUGCUCUCCAUAAACAGGUAAAGAGAUUGCUGUUAAACCUUGUUACUUUGUAUUAACCAGUAACGCAGACUGCCGCACACUUAAAUCCCUAUCUACUAAGUGAAUCGGUGGCUGCCAAGCCCAGGAUAUAAGUGGGGCUUAUUCGCUAAACUGUGAUUUGUUGAAUAUUUACAAGGGAAUUACAAAUACUAAUACAUAAAAAUGCCAAGCUGGAAAAACGAUUCAGCUCAGCUGGGUUUGACGUGAAAUUUACAGUUCUCUUGCCAACUUUACAGAACUCUAGUUUUUUCGGCAUAACUUCAGUUCAAACUGAUUGCUUUUCACAAUUUCAUUCAUGGGAUUAUCAACUAUUCUUUUACUUGAAUAGUACAAAAAAAUAUAUAUUUAAAAAAAAUGUGAACUGUCACUAUUGAGAAUUUGUACUACCCAUUCACUACCUAAAAGAUAUGGGUUAGACGUUUAUUAUAUUAAUAUUUUGUUAAAUACACAGUAAUGCUUGUAUGUAUUUCUGGUCACAUACUGUGUGUGCAUUAUGCACCAAGAGUCUGACUACAGAAGUGUGUUGGAGGCAUGUUUUGGGGUGGUUACUUUUUUUUUCUCCUUACCACACCCCAAUAUUACCCCAUUAAACGUGUAAGUAACAUUUACUGGGGUGAAGGUGCAGGGAGGAGUAUUUUAAAGGGUUACUCUAGGAAACAUGCAUACAGCACUGCAAGAUUAAACUCAUUUACAUACUCUGCCAGGCAAUGCCAACUUUUAGUUAACCAUUAGGUUUAACUGGAAGAGGUGGCAGUCCUUCUUUAAAAAGAUCUUUAACUGCUCAUACAUUUUUCAGUAAGCAUCUGGAAUAAUGUCAGAUUCCAAAAUGGGGACAAACAUGAAUUAAACACUGGGUGGCAAGCGUUGAGACCUCAUCUACACCCAAUAGUGUACAAUAUGGGUGUGGCUACAAGGAUGCCCCUCCCACACUACAGUCAUAAAACUACAACUUACACAAUGCUCUGCCGGUUUACAACCACCACUUGAGAAUGAUGGGAAUUGUAGUCAAAGAUGUGGAGGGUUUGGGGUUGCAGGUAGUUAAAUAACACUAUUAUAGUAAAUGUACAACAUAACUGAAUAGCUGAACUGGAAAUUAGAAGCAAUGUUUAAUUCUCCCCCCACUCUGAUUUCUUUAUUUUGUAUUAAAAAUACACUUUUGACACUCACGCCAUAUUUCUAGGAAAGCCAUAUAAUAGCUAACAAAGAUAUGAAGUUGCAGCCUAUCGACAUCGAUCCUCCAAACCACAGACAGGAAAAAAUACUUUUUUUUAAUUAAAAGUACACUUCAGAGACAUGUUAGGCUACAGUUAGUUAUGCCAAGUGGGUUUAUAUUAUUAAAGGGACACUGUAGGUACCCAGACCACUUCAGCUAAUUGAAGUGGUCUGGGUGCUGUGUCCCUUUUGCACUUAGUGCUGCAAUGUAGGGAUGUGCAUGGGAAAAAUGUUCGGUUCGGCAUUCCGAAAUUCAGGACUUUGGCAAUUCGGAACUUCGGUUCGGAACUUCCCACGGUAUUAGGGAGUUAUCUACCAAAAGGCGGAAAGACCUAAAUUGGUCUUUCAGCCAAAUUUACUAAUACCAAGUAAAAAUUACUUAGUAUUAGUAAAUAAUCUGCCCCUACUCGCUAUACCGCGAGUAGGGGCAUGUCUAUUAAACAGUGAGCAGCCUGUGGCAGCUCACUGUUAAAAAAAAAAAAAAAAAAAAACAGGGGCCCCCACCCGUGCCGCGCGAGUGGGGGCUUUUAAACUAAAGGGGGGACCUAUUGCCCCCCUGUCCCCCACCCCUGAGUGGCGUGUGGGGGCCCUAUAUCAAAAAAACGGGGGAGCGGGGCUAUUGUCCUCCCCCACACGGCAUCCACCCCUGAGCGGUGGGUGGGGGCCCUAAAUUACUUAAAGGGGCCCCCAUCCCUGAGCAGCGGGUGGGAGCCCAAAAGUAAAAUAAUGGGGGGUGACCUAUUGUCCUCCCCCCCAGCUCCCACCCAUGAGCGGUGGGUUGGGGCCCUAAAUUAGAAUAAGGGGGUAGGACCUAUUCUCUUGAAUAAUGCUUUCCUAUGGGGAGGCCAUUGCUGCACAUGCACAUUAGGUCUCCCCCGCCAACGUCAGGAGCUGGAUUUAGGUAAGUAGCUGAAGGGGUUUUAACCUCUUCAGCGACAUGGGAUGGGGGGACGGGGGCACUCCAGGCUCCCACACAUGUUAGGUGCACUGUGUAGGUAGGUUACAGUUAUACUGAUUGGGUUUAUACUAUUAAAGGGACACGCCAGGCUCCCACACAUGUUGGGUGCACUGUGUAGGUAGGUUACAGUUAGUUAUACUGGGUGGGUUUAUAUUAUUAAAGGGCCACGCCAGGCUCCCACACAUGUUGGGUGCACUGUGUAGGUUAGGUUACAGUUAGUUAUACUGGGUGGGUUUAUAUUGUUAAAGGGACACGACAGGCUUCCACAUACUUAGAUGCACUGUUCAUGGGUAGAGAGGAGAGGCCAUAACAUAGAAAUGUGGCGAUUUAUUUCAAAUACAAUCUCCUCAAAUAUGAGAAUAAUUUUUGUUUUUAAUGCAUUAUCUAUACAACAUAUUAAAUAAAGCAGGUAAACUUCAGCCUGGAGUGUUCCUUUAAAAUGUUUUAAUUGGUGAAAAGUCUAAUCUUAAGGUAAAAUGGGUCACUAAUUUGUCAACUCUUAGCAGUUUAUAGUAUUCUUAUAUUUUUAUUUUCACGACAGUUACCGGCUCAUGCAAUGAUCUUAUAAUGGCCUACUUAUCUUUCUUUACAGUACAUCCCUACCAUGGAGGAGAAAAUAGAAAAGAAAAGGUAUUUUUUUUUUGUAUUUAAAAUACUUAAAAUGAUAAAGGCAUUUUAUCCUCUUAAGUGGACAGGUGAAUAUGACACUAUAUAUAUAUAUCAUAACUUAAAGGAAAACUCCAGGCUGCUGUAGUGAUUAUGGUGCCAGGAGUGCCCUGAUCUUUUCCCUGGGUAAGUAGUCAAACAGUUUGCGAAAUGUAUUAUACUUGCCUUGGGUCAACCUUACUGGUGAUGCCCAAAAUGGUCUGUCUAUAAAGGGGGCGGGGCAGCCCAAAGAAGGGGAGUGACAGUCUGGCAUGUGUGCACACAAGGCUGAUUGACAGCCUUUACAGGCCAGCCCAACUUAAUGCAGAGCACCCACAGAGCAAUACUAAGUACUUCCGUGGUUCUAAAUCCGUCAUCACAGUGUGAGAUUGUCUAAUGAUGCACUCACGCUGUGCUUGUAGAGGACACCUGGGAAAACAACCCGGGACGGCGAGAAAGGAGCCCGAAACCUGGAUGGUUGGAAGAUAUGCAGUGGCCACUCUCACUAAAAAAACAAAACAUGGUUAAAGAUGUUUGACAGUGAAACCAGGAGGUAUUGCCCUGCACACAAUCGGGAUGUGUAUAUAUUAAUAUUGAUUAUAUAUUAAUAAUUUACAAAGGACUGAGGAGAAGUUGGGGUUAAGGUGAUGCUUACACCUCAACUGGUACCAGCACUGGGGUCACCCAGCAUCAUAUGCCUUGUUAGGGGUGGCUUUAGGGGCUAAAGGGGCCAUGGGCAUGUGGUUCUUCAGCCUCUGAACUCUUUCGGUAGCAGGAUACUAGUGCUUUUAUCAUUUUAUACUAGACAGCAGCUAAUCAAAGAAACACAGUACAGCAUCAGCACAUGCCAGAUACCAUAAUACGGUAAUGUGUAAUAGGGGUUAGCAAAGGAUACACAAAGAGACAAAGGACUGCAUAGGGAGAUGGGGGGCAGAGACAAAAAUGGUUCUAUAGGAGGUGAGGAGAAACAGAGACAACAUGGGUGUUAGGGAGAUGGCGAGAGACACAUGGGAGUAAAAGGAAAUAUGGGGUAAACGUACAAGAUGGGGGUGAGGGAUAUAGAAUGCAGUGGUUAAAUAAUGGCACUGGGAAUUGGCCUUGACUGCAGUCUUGAUGGAGGGGUUAUUACAUUUUGACAUGGGCUAAAGUCCCAGGAAGUAUUAGAACUAAGCAAUGCCCUGCCAAGAAUCCUGUCCAAACUGUCCCAAAAACACCGUAUUUAACUCCAGAGAAGAUUGUCUCUAGUUCCCCAUGAUAUGUUACAGUCAUAGGCGUGCGCACGGGGUGUGUCUGGGCACACCCUAAUCCUUGCGGCCUGUGCUAUGUGUCUCCCUCCGUGGGCCUGUGAGGGAGAUCAAAGAUCUCCCUCAGUGACCCACAGGCAGUGAGGGAGGCAGGAGAGGACCCGGGGAGCUCUAGCAAGCAGCUCCGCCAAGUUCCUCUCGCAAGGUCGGAGUGUUGCCGCGGUUACAGCGGCAAUGCUCAGAUCUCGCGAGAGUGAACUGUAGCCCUCUGUGGGGCUAGAGUUCACUCUCCACUGGACCACCAGGGAUGGCAGCCACACGGUCCCCCCUCCCUACAUAAGGUAAGAAGGGAGGGGGGAUAUGAAAUAAACGGCCCCCCACCCCACACAUUACACACAAAGAGCACCCACACACAAUAACCGCACCCUUACACAUACACACACACACUAACAGCACCCUUACACACACACACACAGCAGUGUGUGUGUAUGUAUGCAGAGGCGGCUCUCUAAUUAGGCGAGUUAGGCGGCCGCCUAAGGCCUCGCGGCCGCCUAAAUCGCCCAAGGGCAGACAUACAUGUCGGAUCCUCGGUCCAUGACCGAGGAUCCGACAUCAGGGGGAACCCGGCGGCUUGCCCUUUAUGCCGCCGGGUGCGAGGCCCCCUCAGUCCGCCCGGACCACGGCAACGCUCUGACUUCUGGAGAUCGCGAGACUCCUAUCACGUGGUCUGCAGUCAACACCCGGCAGAGCUGUAGACCGGAUAGGAGGCCGACCGGACCACCAGGGAGCCAGGACACUGGACCACCAGGGACACCUGCAAAGGUAGUUAAUUACCCCUCCCUCACUAAGUCCCCUGUCACCCCUCACCAAGUCCCCUGUCACCAAGUCCCCUGUCACCCCUCAAAGUCCCCUCUCACCAAGUCACCCCCUCACUCCCCUGUCACCCCCUCACUCCCCUGUCACCCCCUCACUCCCCUGUCACCACUAAGCCCCCUGUCACCCAUCAAAGUCCCCUGUCACCCCUAAGUCCCCUCUCAUCAAGUCCCUCUCACCCCUAAGUCCCCUGUCACUCCCUCACCAAGUCCCCUGUCGCCCCCUCACCAAGUCCCCUGUCGCCCCUCAAUAAGCCCGCUGUCACCCCCUCCCUCCCUGACUCUGCCGUCUGUCACCCCCUCACUCUAUCCCCGUGAGCCCCUCCCUCACUGACAACCCCUCACUGUGGCCCUCACUCUGCCACCUGUCACCCUCUUUACCCUAAUUCUGACACCUGUCACCACCUCCUUCCCUCACUCUGUCCCCUGUCAACCCUACCUUCCCUCACUCUGUCACCCCAUCGCUAAGCCCCCUGUAACCCCCUCCUACCCUCACUCUGACCCCUGUCACCCUCUCCCUCUCUGACACUGCCACCUGUCAACCCCUCCCUCAGCCACCUGCCCACCCUUCACUCUGCCACCCCCUAACACUGUCACCCCAUCCCUCCCUCAGCGACCCGUCACCCCCUUUCACACUCUGUUAAUCCCUUCCACAAUCUGUCACCCCCUUCCACACUCUGUCACACCUCUCCACACUCUGUCAGCCCCCUCCACUCUCUUUCACGUCAUUUCACACUCUGUCAUCCCCUCCACUCACACACACAGUCUCCCCUUUCGACACCCUGUCACCUCCCCACACACACACUGUCACCACAGACAAAAUGCACAAAGGCCACAGUCCAUAUACAAAAAAUACCGCAAGCAGCUACCACACACACAUACAGUCCUAGACACAAACAUACACAUGCUCACAGAAACAUACAUUCACAUACAAGGGUACUCACUGUCAGACGCACUCUCAGGCACAUACACAGACAGACAAUGCCAGACACAUUCAGAAAUACACACAGCCAGAUAAACACAUUGUGACUGUAUGUUUGUAUUAGUCAAUAUGUGUGCAUCAGUGUGUUUGUGUGUGUGUGUGUGUGUAAAUGCAUGUGCAUGUAUCAGUGUGUAUAUGUAUUUGUGUAUUAGUGUUUAAAUGUGUGCGUGUGUCUGCAGUGUGGUUGUGGUAUGAUAUGGGCAAUGCAAAGAUAAAGUUGCAAGCAACAUAUAUAUGCAUGAAUGCAUGCAUGCAUGCAUACAUACAUACAUACAUACAUAUAAAAUACAUAGGGAAACACAUAUAUGAUAAUAUACAUGUUAAGGAAUUUAGAAUAUGUGGGGAAAUGUCAGGCUAUACAACCAUACCCUGCAAUCGUAUACAAAUGAUUAGCAAUUUAUGUCAUAUCUACAGUAAAAGUGCUCACAAGGCAUAGGGAGCUGCGGCUAUUUUUUUCACUAAUGGUGUAAAUGGGGGGCCUCAUGUUUGACUUUCGCCUAAGGCCUUGCAAAGUCUAGAGUCGCCUGUGUGUGUGUGUGUAUGUGUGUAUGUGUGUAUGUGUGUAUGUGUGUAUGUGUGUAUGUGUGUAUGUGUGUAUGUAUAUAUAUAUAUACGCGGUGUUUGUGCUUUAGGGUACACACCCUUAUACAAUAGGCUGCGCAUGCCUGUGGUUACGGUACAUGUACUGACCAACGCCAACCUUUGUCUUGCAGAGCUAAACGCUUGCAUAUGGAACACGAGAGGGAAAAUAUAAUUACAAGUGGAAAUCUAUUCAUUGAUGUCUUUUUAGGGAUCCUUGGCAAAACAAACGCUACUCCGGAAGUUUGCACCAAGUACUUAAAAAAAGUAAGUCAUUGGCAGACGAUCUGACCAGAAUAACAGGAAGUAGCAAUAUGUAUUGUAUAAAAAACAAUUCUCUGCACUGCAAAAUGACAUAUGGUCUUCAGCAGAGAAACUGUUUUCUUUUUUCCUGAGGACAUAAUUUUCUUUAUGUGUAGCAGUCAGGUUGACAAAACGUGGCAAUUUUUGGAGCUUAAAGAAAGGUCAGUUUCAGUUGCCAAUUAGAUUUACCCAUAUUCCAUCAGUAAAAUCAAUCCCACAGUAGGGCAAACAGACAUUAUGGACAGAGAACAAAAUGGCUGUGCCCAGGUGCUGAGAUUUGGCAUAAGGAUAAAAAUAUAAUAAAUAAAGGCAAUUUCCAAUGUCUUCAUGGAAGUUGUCUCCUCUUCAUCUUCUCAUUAAAAAAACAUGCUUCUAAUAGAGAAAUAUUGAGGAUGAGAAGAACAUGCGUGGCAAACACUGCACUUUUUCAAUCAAAUGCUUCUCAUAGUGAAGGACUGAAUCUGGUGCUUCCGUAUGAAAAGCGUUAGAGGACAUUCAACAAUGUCAAGCAGUGCGUGAAAACAUUGAACAUCACAUAACAUAGUCUGACUCGGUUUUCACAGGGGAAACACCAUAUGGAAACUGUCAGGAAAACAGCCGCUAGAGGUGUGUUUAGCCAUGCAAUGUAAACAUUGUCGUAUCCCAAAAAAGCAUACUUUGCUGGUAAUAUAAAAACAUUUUUAUUAAAGCAGAUAUAUUGAGUAUAUUUCAAUUUAGUUAUGUUUCUAUGUAAGAUUUUAGCUCUGCUACAGUAGUAGUGAAAUAAUUAAAUAACUGGUUUAAACAAUCACUAGUGUGUCAGGAAAACAAAGUGGUUUUCCUGACACUAUAGUGCCCUGAGGGUGCCCCCACCCUCAGGGUCACCCUCCCGUGGUGCUGAAGGGGUUAAAAUCCAUUCAAUUACUUACUUUAAUCCAGCGCCGGGAUCCCUCGGCGCUGGUGACCUCUCCACCCCUGCCGACGUCAGCGGAGCCGAAUGCACACGCGCGGCAAGUGCCAAGCACACAUUUAAAGUGUCCAUAGGAAAGCAUUUCUCAAUGCUUUCCUAUGGAUCCUCUGCGCGAUAGAGGCAUAAUAUGCCUCCAGCGUAGCAGAUGUGCCUCUAGUGGAUGUCCAGAAGAAACCUGAGGGACCUGGCACCCAGACCACUUCAUUGAGCUGAAGUGGUCUGGGUGACUAUAGUGUCCCUUUUUAAUGUUGAGGGGCAUUUUUUUUUUUUUUAUGAUUUACUUUUCUUAAAGUGUUACAGUUUACAAAUCUAUAAGAAAUCCUUAUGUAAAUUCAAAAAUAUUUUGCAUAGCUUGAACCAGAAAAAAAAAACAGAUAAUAUUAAAAUAGUUCUGUUGCCACAGGUCCUGCAUGCAAUUUUCUUCCUUGGACACAUAAAUAAACCACAAAUCCUACCGGAAGAUUUUAUUCCUGAUUGCCUGCAGAGAAAUUUAAGAAAAAGGUGUCCACAGAUUUUUGAACAAUGCAAGACACAUCUGCCCAGGCAGACCCCCUACUCAAUUCUGCUAGAAUUUGUAAGUAUGACGUUACAAACGCUCCCAAGUAUAAUUCCUUUGUAUAAGUAACAAACUACAAAAAUAAAUAAAAUGAAUAAAUAAAAAACAGAUCUGAAUCUUUGGUAAAUUUUUCAAUAUCCAAGGAAAAUUAGAAAUAGAUAAUGCAGAUGAGGCAGUUCAACUGGUUACUGAUUGUAAACUUUAGAAACUCAGGUUCAAUUUGCAGUAAGGCUAUCUGAACGUUUCCACUGUCAGUCAGCAUAUGAAGAGAGACAGAAAGCUUCCGUGCAAUGUGUGCCUUGCUAUGCCAGGGUUGAACUGGAUCAUGAUGCCAACUACCGUGUCUUUAAUAUACAUUUAAGAGAAAAUUGAGCACCAUUCUUGGGUCAAGAAGGAAUUUUUUUCCUAUCUUGUUGCAAAAUUGUGCUUCAAACUGGUUUUUUUUGCCUUCUUUUGGAUCAACAGCAAAAAACAAAUGUGAGGUAGGCAGUGGCGUACACAUGACCCAUGGGGCCCCGGUGCGAAAAUUGAUCCGCGGGGCGGCCGGGCCGCAUAACAUGGCGGUAAUUCCGUCGUAGGGGUUACAGGCUGCACCGCUGUAUAGUACGCCAGUGCAUGCAGAUGCACACACUUAAAGGACAUUCUAUAGGCACCCAGACCACUUCAGCUUAAUGAAGUGGUCUGGGUGCCAGGUCGAGCUAGGGUUAAUUAUUUUUCGAGAAACAUACGAGAAACUGCUGUGUUUAUGAAUGGGUUAAGUUUUCCUAUUUUCUAGUGGCUGUCUCAUUGACAGUCGCUAGAGGGCGCUAUGCGUUUCACCGGAUUUUCACAGUGAGAGCACGCUAGCGUCUAUAGGAAAGCAUUAUGAAUGCUUUCCUAUGUGACCGGCUGAAUGCGCACGCAGCUCUUGCCGCGCGUGCGCAUUCAGCCGACGGGGAGGAGAAGAGGAGGAGAGAAGGAGGAGAGCUCUCCGCCCAGCGCUGGAAAAAGGUAAGUUUAAACCCCUUCCAGAGCCGGGCGUGAGGGGGUCCCUGAGGGUGGGGGCACCCUCAGGGCACUAUAGUGCCAGGAAAACGAGUAUGUUUUCCUGGCACUAUAGUGGUCCUUAAAGGACCACUACAGACACCCAGAUCACAUCAAUGAAGUUGUCUGGGUGUCAGGGUCCUCUAGUUUAACCUCUGUAGUUGAAAAACAUAGCAGUUUCCAGAGAAACUGCUAUGUUUCACUGAGGAAAUCCAGCCUCUAUGGUUGUCUCAUGGACAGUCGCUUAGAGAGUUAUCAUUGAACGUCCAUAGGAAAGCAUUGAGUAAUGCUUUCCUAUGGGCGGUUUGAAUGCGUGCGCGGUCGCAUUCAGAGCUGAGAGGCUGAGGGAUCCUCAGCACCAAGGGAGUCCGGCGCUGGAGAAAGGUAAGUGCUGAAGACACACACUCUCACUUACAGACGAAUACACACUAGCUAACAGACACACACAUUUACUGACAGAGAUACAGUCAGCGACAGACAUACAUACACACUCACUUACAAAACAUACACUCUCAUUGACAAACACACACUCACUAACAGACAUCAAACAGACUCACUAACACACACACUCAGUAAGACACACAGUAACACACUCACUGACACUCACUAGCAGACACACACUAACACUCACAUUCACUCUAACACUCACACUAACACUCACUAGCAGACACACUAACACUCACUCUAACACUCACACACACUAACACUCACUCUAACACUCACACACUAACACUCACUAGCAGACACACACACUAACACUCACACUAACACUCACACACACUAACACUCACACACACUAACACUCACACUAACACUCACACUCACACACACUAACACUCACACUAACACUCACACAUGAUUUUUUUUUUUUUAAUAUAAUCCCCCCAGCCUCCUUACCUCUUGGAGUGCUGGGGGGGAUUAUUCCCUGGGGUCCAGUGGGGCUCCUGGGUGGGCGGCCGGUCGGGCAGGCAGGCGGGCGCGCGAGGGAGCACUCAGUGCUUCCUCUUCAGCUCCCUCGCGCGCCGCGUAGGGAUGCCGGAGCCGGAAGAUGACGUCAUCUUCCGGCUCCGGUAUCAUUGCGGUGCGCGAGGGAGCUGAAGAGGAAGCACUGAGUGCUCCCUCGCCCGCCUGCCUGCCCGACCGGCCACCCGGGGUCAGCAGGGCCAGCCUCAGGGGGGCCCUGGGGUGGUCGGCUCCUGGGCCCCCCAGGGGAAGAGGCUGGCCCUGGGCGUACAUACCGGGUCGCAGGGGCGGCCGGGCCCCCUGGUGGGCCGGGCCCGGUCGCAGUCGCGACCCCUGCGACCCUGGUAUGUACGCCAGUGGAGGUAGGCUGAACUUGAUGGACGCAAGUCUCUUUUCAGCUAUGUAACUAUGUAACACGUGAUAAAAAGGAUUGCACACGUUAUACGUGAUUUUCAAUGUUUUAUUCAAGGGUGUCCGAUCCUUUUAAUUACUGUGCUUUUUGUUCUAAAUUAUUGGAUGUUAUUUCCAAAGGCCCAUAUACGUACAAGACACUUAUUUGGGAAUCUAAAGUUCAAAUCAAAACUAACUAAAUAGCCUGUUCUACAACUGAAAUAUAAUAAACAGCACAAGUGAUUUAACAAAACUGCUUCAUUAGAUUAUCCAGUGCCAGAUGGGUAUCUGUGGCUCUUAGUAAGGCACAGAUACUAAAGUAAACCACUUACUAUAAGUGAUGGCCUGGAGACUCAUUCAAAUAGCAAGUGAACCUAAUUUUGGCUCCAGACACAGGGGUUUAAAAGGUUACUGACAUCACAAUACAAAGUUUUCAUAAAAUAUUGGUUUUGGUUAAAGUAAGUAAUUCUUGCUGUGCUGUUUCCUCCCUUCCCCCCCCCCCAAUAAAAAAAAAUGCUAAAAAAAACUUCAGUCCCUCCAGCUUGAUUCUCCACAACUGAAGUCACACCACCUCACUAGAGGGACAUCAGGGAGGACAUGGUGGGGGAUGUAUACUGCCACUAGCUGUCUGGCGUCAAAUUUGUAUAGAAUUCAAAUAAGCCAAACUGAACUUUUCUUUAUGGCUGGCUAAUUGCAGGUUUUUAUAGCGAAACACUGCACAUAUAGACUCCAAGCACCACCAUGACCACUUCAAAUCACUGAAGUGGUCCUGGUGCUUGGAUUUGAUUAACCCUUUAAGAACCAUUGCGUUAGUUACAAGAUGUUCUAACAAAAAGCAUCAGUCAUGUGUACUAUCCUCUCUGGAGAACAUGUCAAUAGCCUGGACUCUACUUAAUUAACGUGCUUGCGCUAUUCUCCACAACUCCAGGGAAAUCCAUAUAUGCAAUCAUUCUUACAGGCGUCCUUUCUUUACUUAGAUGGCGGAAAAUGACAACGUUAAAGACCCACAGAACUUUAUCAGUCAACUUGCAAACGUUAACAGUUCACUGUGGAAGAAGGAUCGGACGAUCGGAAGCCAUCCAGUGGCCAAUGACUUUGCCUUCACAGCUUCCAUCAUUGCAUACAGCUGCUACAAAGAUGCUACGACAAACAGAAUUCUGAAAAUUGCAUAUGGUUCAUCGAUGUCUUGCAAAGGAAAGGUUCCACGGCUGAUCAUGAUCCGUAUAUCUGCCUUGUAUAAGUGGGACAAGGCUAUUUCCUAUGCCGUGUGCAGACAUAGAAACAGCCCUGCUAUUAUGUUCCCAAACCAGGUCCAAUGCAAAACCUUCAGUUUCGAGGCCCAAAAAUGUAAUUUUAAAAGAAUCCCUUCCUGCACAGACUGUGAGAAACUGUUUAAAAAUGAGCAGCCUGAUCCUUUGUCCAUAACGGACAAAAAGAUCUGCUUAUAUGGGAGCUUAGCAGAGACUGAAUCAGUCAGUAAUCUUCUAAUGUGCUGCCCGGAUCUAAGAAACACUACUGUCAGCGAGCAAUUCGACAACCAAAAUCCGAUGAACAGAGAAGAAAUAGAACAUAUAUUCACAACCCAAUAUCAGCAGCAACUGAUUAGUGAGCUCAGGAGCCUUCUUAAUUCCCGUGAUUUCACUGUUCCUGAAGGAGAAUGGCUCUUCUAUAAUCCUGUCUGAUAUAGGUAAACCAAUAGCAAGCAUUCUAAUAGUGUACUGAUGGUCUAUAUAUCUUACUACACAUUAUAUGUAGAGACACUGACUGACCUGUUCAUAUAAUGUUAGCAGAAUUCUAUAGACCUGCGGCUGGAAAAUAAAUAGGACAUACUUUUCUGGCAAACCAUAUAUAAGGGCAUAUUUGUUAUUAUGAAAUUAACAAACAAAUGACUUAUUUUGGCAGAGUGAUAUAAAAGUUCCCAUUUGUGGGACAGUUCAUUUGCUUGUUAUGUUUCGUCAUUCAGCUGACCUCUGAUGUAGCGUGAUGGCUGUAAUGGAAUUUGUUGACACAUAUAUAUAUGCUUGGCCUGUAGUUGUGGGAGGGGCUUGGGUCCUCUUUUAAAGGACUCCCAUCUUUUCUCCAACACCGUUACCUGGUCUGGCGUUUUGCACAUUAUAAAAACUCCAUGACGCUGGAAGUCCUCUGUUUAUGCUCGCUAUAUUCCUCAACCUGUACAAGAAACCUGGCAAGCUUUUUGCCCUCUUUAUUACAGGCUUACAGCAUAGUGUGUUCUGGCACACUACAACCGGCUUUCAUAUAUUAUAUGUUACGUCAACACAACUUUAAUCACUUUCACUUGUUACAGCAUUGUGCCCCAAACACACAUAUAAAGGUUUGGCCUGAAGUUGUGGGAGGUUUACUGAAACAAAAACUGCAAUGUUUCGGCCUACAGUGAGGCUUGAUAAAGGCCUCUGUGUAUGUCAAAACGUUGCAAAUUUGUUCCAAUAAACCUGCCUUCCUGCAGCAAUCCUGAGUGCCUGGACCUAAUUUAUUUUAUCUACUAACUAAACUGUUUUUUUGCAAACACUGGCCUUGAUAAGCACCUGGAUUCCUAAGUAUGAGUGGGGUAUCCUUCCGUUGGUGAAUUACUGUAGUUGUGAGACGGGCAUGGGAGCCCUUUUAAAGGAACCCCUAUCUUUUCUACCACACCGUUACCUGGUUGGGCGACCUGCAUGUCCCUCCCUCCCUCCUCUACCCCUAAGCACAUAUACACUUUAGAACUUUAAUGGUGUGCCCUCUUUAUGCCAGGCCUACAUCAUCAUCCAUUACAGCACACCACAACCGACUUUCAUAUAUUAUGUGUUACGUCAACGCAACUUCAAGCACUUUCACUUGUUACAGCCUUGUGCUCCGAACACAAAUAUAUAUUGUUGCAUUCAAUGAAAAAGUCAAAAUAUUCUUAGCUGAAAAAUAACAGAAUUUAUUUUUGUUAUGUGAGAUGUAUGUUACCCUAGGUUAUGUUAUAUGAUAUGUAACACAGCUGAGAAAUUAACCACAAAACACAUCCUGUGUCUGACUUGCAGACGUUUUGUUUUUGUAUAAGAGAAUCCUAGUUACAAUAAAUUAACACCCCUUUUUCCUCAGGAUAUAACAUGAUAUAGUAAUCACUUACCUUUGAAAAGGCAGUAAGGCACACUCACGAGACAUGCAUUCAAUGAAAGGAUUAAAAGAAGUUCUAAACUGAAAAACAAUAGAAUUUAGUUUUGUUUUAUGUUCGAUGUACGCUACAUACAACAAGGAUGAUAAUCUGAUAUGAACAUGUAAAUCAACGCCAUUUUGCUUUAUGUACAACAAAGCUUGCACCUCCAUUGAUCAACUGCUUUAACUUCAUAACAACGAUAAACCACUCAAUACAUUUCGGAAGAAUCUCAAUUUUUCUCAUCUGUAACAAACUGUGCUCUUUUAUCACACAUUGUUUGAAGAACCAAAGACUAUUUCAUUGCAAACGUGAACACUCUGCAUGUGAUAAAUAUAGAAUACACUGAAUGCAUAUAAGAAAGAAGAUUUAUUUUAAUUUUUAAUGCAGUAAAAUUGUGUAAUAUGUCUACAUCAAUAUAUUUUCAUAAAGCAUUUAAAUAAUAAUAAAUAAAAAAAUGUUUAUUUGCUUGUGCGAAUAAGAAGGGUACACAUACAUUAACUAGGUACUAGAGGAACGGAAGACGCCAGCACAGCCAAAAAGCGUAAUCGGAGUGGGGAACGAACUAGGGUGGCAUGGAUGUGAGAAACAGAAAAUAGUCAUAGGGUUAUGAGGGUAAAGCCAACGAAUGGCAAAGGCAGACUUGCCACGAUAAUGAUAGGUCGAUGGUAGGAGUGGUACCCACAUUAAGUGGGAAUGAAGGAAUGGUUGAAGAGCCCAUCGCUAUUGCAGUGUCUGGACUUACCCAGUUAUGAUAGAAAAUGUAUCCAGAUUUUUAGGAUAUAUAAUGGUAGUUGAGUUUUGUUUUUACCUAAAAGGGCUCAAAAUAAAAAAAAUGGAAUGUGUAACGAAUGCUGGUAUUUCGUAUACCCGUUCGUUCGUAUACUCCCGAACUGCUAGGGACUUACUGAUUAUAGCCUGUAGCGCUGAUUCGUACAUUCCUGAAAGUCACAGUGAAGCAUAAAAGUAAAUCCAGCAUUUCGUCAGUCACAUACCCAAACAUCAGUUGAGACUAGAUGAAGAGUACAACAGGAAUAAUUUUAUUAUAUUUAUAUAUAUAUAUACACACACACACACACACACAAAAAAAAAAUAUUUAUACUGAAGUAAACUCAGCAAAACAUCUUCAUUGGGCCCCCUCUAGUGUCCAAGAAAGCAUUUCCGUUGCCCUCAGAAGGUAAGUGCUGCUAUAGAAAACUCUUUAAGGUUUUUUGGUUUUUUUUUUUAACCAAAGUGAGAAUUGAAGAUGAAUUUCAUCUUUAAGGCCAGAAUAGCCAAACUGGAAACAUGGCAGACUGAGAAUUCUCUAGUUCGGCUAUUUUUAAUUUGAUUAAUUUAAAGUCUCACUUUAGCGAAUAAUCCUGUUUAUUGCAGGCAGUUGUCCGCGGCAUGACAUAUUCUGCCCAAUCCAGCCAAUAUUACCUACUAAAUGAGAAUGGGGUUAGAGACAGCAGAUAUACACAAAUAGUAUAUAUAUUUUUUUUAUUUUUUUUAAAGACCUGCUGUUGGACUGAAGUUAAAUUUAACAUAAAUUGUGAUAAAAUACUUGAAACAUAGGGGUUUAUUUAUUAAACACUAAUCUACAGUAAACUGAAAAUUACUUCUAAUUACUUAGCAAACGGACAAAACAGGGCUUUAAAGCAGAGCUCUGUGCUCAAUCUACAAGCCAUAUCAGUCAGAGAGUUGGAAAUUACACUUCUUAGGCUCUCGUACCAAUGAGUUAGUAUUUCAGUGCAAGCGUGGAGGAACUUGCUCCCUGGAAGCAGUGCCGACAAGUCUCUCCAUGUCAGAACACAAUUUAUCUGAAUUGUAAUUUCCAGCCCUCUGACUGACAGGGGUUGUAGGUGGAGCUACAGCUUCGCUCUAAAGCCCUGUUUUUCAGAUUGCUAAGUAAAAUUAAAUACUGCAGAAAGGCUAUCCUUGUACCAUAACCACUUUGGUAAGCUAAAGUGGCUCUGGUGUUUAGAGAGUCCCUUGAGCUAUCUGUGGGCCAGUGGUGGUCUUACAUCUAGAACUCAAAUUGUUAAUAAGCAGCAUACAAAACCAUUCACACUUUUAAUUAGCCACUUUUUACAAACCCAAGCACACUUUUCUGACCCAUAUACCUGUCCUUUCAUUUAUACACACAAACAUGCACACACACAACACUCACUUAUAUAUAAUACAUAAAUCUAAAUUUUUAUCUCCCAUAUCCUGUUUCUCUUUUUCAUCCCCUAUCUCUCAGUUUCACCAUGACAUCAAUCUCCAUUAAACAUAUUUACUUAGACCCCACGUUUAACCCGGUGGUGUAAUAGUGUGCCGUGUGAGAUCAACUACAGCAAUCAGUGCACCUCUCACACUCAACACUUUGCUCCACCUGUUCAAUCACAGACUAAAGCAUGUGGGAUGGGGAGAGAGGAUAUAAAAUCAUUUCCCCACGCUUUGACUCACGAAAGCAACUCCAUAUAGUUAUAGAGAGAAGCACUGACAACGAAGUCCUUUAAUUAAUUCAGAUCACACAAUACUGCAGGACAUAAAGCAAAGAGAGGAAGCACUGGGAGUGAUCUGCGUGAGAUAAAGACCAACACUUCUCUAUAUCUUAAUGGUUAGGAGAGAUUUUAUAGUCUCCCCAAUUCUAAGCAUCCCAUCACACUUCUGGGUUGCCAGUGCAACAUGUCCAUCUUUCUGUCUGCAAACCAGCCUAUGAUUAAAUUCUAGAUUUUGUAAACUAGCCUAUGAUUAAAUUCUAGAUUUUGUAAACUAGCCUAUGAUUAAAUGCUAGAUUUUGUGAACUAGUCUAUAAUUAAAUGCUAGAUUUUGUAAACUGCUCUGGAAUAUGAAAGCUAUAUAAGACUAGUAAAUAAACUAAACAAAGCCAACAUAUCUUUCAAUUACUGAUGGUUCUGUUUGACAUUAAUAAGGCAGAGAUGACAUCCUUUCUGCAGAUGAUUCUGGCUUACAGGCAUAUUGCUGUAUUUAAAAUUAAACACUUCUUAUGGUAACCAUUUUUGACAAAAAUCAAUGGCAAAAUUCUUCAGCUGGAAAGUUGGUUUAGAGCUCCAUUCUUCAAAGGGAAUAUAUUUAACAUUAAAAAAAAAAAAAACAACAAGAAUCUGCAGAACAACUUGGGGAUUUUUCACAGUACACAUAAUUGUGCAAAAUAGCAAAAUUUGGAUUAAAAUAACCAAACUGUGGCUGUAUCGGAGUUGGAGAAUUUUAACAAGAUAUUGUUCUCAAAAUUUCCCUAACUAGUUUUCAAUUCACUAUAGCUGGGUAGUGAAUAAAUCCCUUCAAUAAGAUUCUUCUACUUCAAAUGUGUCAAUUGCAGAGAGAGAAGCCACAUUAAACAAUCUCUUGUAGCUGUAACCUGUGGCCUGAUGGGAAAAUAAAAUGAUAUAAUGAGCCAUUUUGGAUUCCCAGGGGGUUACGGACCACUGGAUUAACGGUAUUUAACAGGAUUACAGAAAGUACUUCAUAAAAGCUUUAUGUUACAAGUUAAUGUAUUUGCUUGUUCCCAUUGGUGGCAGGUCUACAUGAGUGUGGUGACAUUUCGACGGUGCAGAUAAAUAUUUUCUUUUACUUGUUAAAAAAAUUUUUUUAAAAGAUGUAUAUGUUCAAUUCUUGGAAUCACUGGAGGAGUGCAGCCAUUGUAGAAUUUCUUGGAGUCCGGUGCCAUCUAGGGCACUUAUUUCCAGUAUAGUGAUUGGCUGCUUUGCACAGGAAAUGAUGUCAUCCAUUCUGAACAGUGAUUUCAUUUCCACCAGAGACAUGGAACUUGCUAGGUCCCUGAAAUUAGGUACAAGAUUAGUGUCUUAGACUCUU